AUGCAUCUCUCAAAAGCGGAGCAUGAUUAUCUUAUGGAGCCUACUAAUGGAGAUCCAUUACUCGAGAUGGUCCAAGCAAUAGCAUCUACUGGGUCGUUGAAAACCGCAAUUGAAACCAAGCAUAACGACCCGGUGGCUUGUCGAAAUAUCCUGCAGAAAUGUUACGAGACACAAGAAAAACUGAUGAGGCUACAAAAAGAUGGACACCUUGGCAAAGAACCGUCUUUGUGGCAGUGCAAAAACUUCGAAGUGCCUUCUCCAGAAGGGACAUUCGGCGCCCCAUAUGAAUUCACAUCAUUACGCAAUGCGCUGCUAUAUAACCUGUUCUGGGCUAAUAUGGUUAUCCUCCUGCCAGUCCUUCACCAUGCACGCUCCCUCGUCCGAUUACACUCAAACCUCUCCUCGGUCGAGGAUACUGGCACGAAAUUCGAAGACAUGGAGUAUGUUCUUCGAGGAGCAUAUGCAGACAAAAUCCCUCGUACCCUGCCCUAUUGUUUCCAAAAGGGUAUGAAAGCGUCGUUUUCCAAAAUUAUAUUCUUCCCUAUCAAUAUGGCUUCAAUCCACUUCAUCGACAUAAAGAAUCGCGACAAACUGAAUUACUGCCACGAUAUUCUCAGACAUAUAGAAACCAUUGGGCUUCAGAUGGCCUCUUCUAUCCGUGAAGUUACAUCUUAUCGAUGGGAACGCCGAUGGGGCGAGGCGGCUGAUCAAUUCGAUUGUAUCUCGUUGCGACAGACAGAUCGUAUUGGCUGCAAUAUGCACCCAGGUUCUUUGUCGAAGGACUUAUCAAAAGCUUUGUCAGAAGAACCACAGUAUCAGUCUGAUGUAUAA